AUGGGUGUCUGCAUGACAAUUAAUAGAACUCUAGGCAAUACUUCAAUUUCCAAGCGACAAAUAUUAAGUACCGCAAUCAACCUUCCAGAAGAAGAAAAAAAGCAAGCUGAUAAUUUUUAUCUAAAGGUUGGCGAACGAAAAAAAGUGAAAAAGAAAGGACCAAUCGGAGACAUGAGAUCAGAAGUAGACUACACAGUAGAUGCCCCAUCUGCACAAAUUGCUGAUAAACCUAAAAACUUAAGGGACUGUGAAAAUAUUCGAGCUUCCUUAGGGCGUCACUUCAUUUUCAAUAGUUUAACAGAUGAGCAGCGUGAAGUCAUUAUAGACCAAAUGAAACAUUACACAUUGGGCCCAAAUGCAAUUAUUUUCGAACAAGCCCAGCCAGGAAACAACUUUUUCGUUGUGUGUACAGGAAAAUUAGAAGUAUUAAUAAACAAUAAAAGAGUAAAUGUCCUCAGACAAGGCGACAGCUUUGGGGAGCUUGCUCUUCUGCAUGAUACGCCCAGAAGUGCAACUGUAAAAACUAUGGAAAGAAGUACGCUAUGAGGAGUUGAUAGAAAAACUUUCAGGUCUGCUGUAGAAGGCAUAAACUCUUUGAAUUAUCAAGAAAAUUUGCAAUUUAUUGAAAGUAUCCCAAUUUUUAAAAUUUUGACACCUCAGCAAAAAGACUCCUUGGUUAGCUCUUUGUCAAUACACAAUUUCAAUCCUCAGCAGAAAAUCGUGAAUGAAGGUGACCCUGGCGAUUUGUGCUAUAUAAUUAAAGAAGGAACAGUGACUUGUAGCAAAGAUGGAGUAGAAAUAAGAACAAUGGGAAAGGGUGAUUACUUCGGUGAACAGUCUUUAUUGAAUAAUUGUUUAAGGACUGCAAGCAUAACUGCUAGUUCACCAGUCAAGUGCUUAGUCCUUCUUCUUUUAAAGCGAUUAUUAACAUUAAAAAUUUGGGAAAACUAAUUUUCUUUAAGUGCGAGUAAAAAUGUUUUAAUCUAAAUAUUUUUAUAAGAAUCAGUUUAUAUAUAGUUAAUAAUGGCAUAAAGAGAAUUCUAUUAAAAAAUAUAAUGCAACAGUUUCACUUAUAAAAUUUUAAUUGAAUUAAUCCAAAAAAGUUUAAAACAAAAAAUUAACCUCCUUUAAAAGCAAACAAAAAAAUCUUACUUGCAACUAAAGGUGGAAAUUAGCCAUUGGCAGAGAAAAUUUAACCAAAGUCCUUGGAAACAAGCUACAGCAGAUAAUUUAUAUUAACUCACAAAGAAUUGCGCUAGAGAAAAGUCCUCAUUUUGCUCGCUUAACAAAGGAACAGAUAGAAAAUAUUAUAAAGCAUAUCAAGAUAUUCACUUUUUUGAAUGGGCAAACUGUAAAUAGCUCAGAAAACGAAAAAGGGAAAUUAUUGUGAAUUUUAUUAAAAGGAUCACUCCGAAACCAAGAAGGAGAAACCUUAUAUCGUGAUCUGGUUUGCUUUGGAGAUUCAGAAAUUGUUAAAGAGCCUGAAGAAGCCAACUAUGAAGAAAUAUUUGCAGUCGGGGACGUUGUGAUUGGAGUUGCGACACGAGCUGAUUUUGAGUCAGCAAUUGGAGGCCCAUUCCACGAAGUCAUCGUAAAAAAUGACGCUUUAUACGUACUUAAAAAAGUAAACAUUUUCAGAGAGCUGCCUAACGAUAAAAUAUUUUCUCUGCUAAAUGAGCUAAAAAUUGAAGACUUCGAAGACCACCAAGUUAUUUUCAGAGAAAAUGACCCUGGAGAUUCCUUUUUUAUUGUGAAAAAUGGAAAAGUGGAUGUAAUGAAAAAUAAUGUAUAUAUCAGGACUAUCACAAAGCAUGACUAUUUUGGAGAAAGGUCAAUUCUCUUCAAUGAAACAAGAACCGCUACUAUUACGGCUAAAGGGAACGUUUCGUGUUGGGUGCUUCAUCAGCAGGACUUUCUGAGUGCUAUAGACGACAAAAUUAGAAACCUUUUGUUAAAGAGAAUUCAGCUUCAGGACAACAAGGUUCAGCUUGAUGAUUUAUAUAUGAUAAGAACGCUUGGGAAAGGCAUGUUUGGGAUUGUGUUUUUAGUAAUGCAUAGGGAUAAGCAAACAAACUAUGCACUUAAAACUGUUUCACGUAAAAAAAUCGACAGAUUCAAUAUCCAAGAAAAUUUGGUGCUUGAGAGAAAAGUGCUGAUGCAGCUUGAUCAUAUUAUGAUCUUAAAGCUCAUCAAAACCUUUAAAGAUGCAAAAAGAAUUUAUUUCUUAACAGAAUGUACACACAAAUAAAAUGGUGACUUAUCCAAGAUUUCCUUUUCCCAUACCGUCGGGGGCUUUUUAGUCUAACUCCCCCCCAAGAUAGAGACAUUUUACAAAAAUAUCUCUAUUGGAAGGGUUUUUUUGAAAAUUUUUUUUAAAAUAAAAUCUAUUUAAAAAUUUUAUAUAAUUUUUUUUAAAAAAUUAUAUAACAUAAAUUUAAAUAAAAUCCAAAAAUAUUGUUUUAUUACAUUACAUUAGAAUUAUUACGCUUUACGUCCACCAAGGAGGUCAGCAAGAACCGGACCUAUCACCUUAUCUUCCACCUGUCGGGCCCACAGGCCGCCGGUCCAACCUGCUUUGUUUCACCAGGGCAGGCUUGGAGGGGUGUUACCGACUUCGAAGACUCAUGAGUGUGCUACUGUCCGUACCUUGACGUAGUUGCCAUUCCGAAAACCCAAAAAAUGGAUUUUCUGGUAGCUCUCGGCAAAAAGGAAAACAAGUAGCCCAGGACGUAACGCCUGGUUUCACGCUAGGGAGUUGCCCGAUGGGCCGUGCGGCUUUUCUGGGCUUCCCCUUUCCAACUACCUGCCUCCUUUACCCUACGAGGUAAGAUCCAUCCCAGGAGAUAAGCUUGGGCUAGGCUCUGAACACAACCAGGAUUGCUUACCUAGCAUUGCUGCUCACUUCUAGAAUGGUAAAACCUUGCCGGAUAUAAUUAAAAUAUGAGUCGAGGCUGCAUGGCCUCCCGGCCAUGCCCAGACGAAGACGCCAUAUUUUAAUUAAGAAUAUUGUUUCAAAUUUUAUAUUUAAUCAAGAGGAAGGUUAAUGAAAAUUCCAUUUUAGUUGCUUGAGGCUCAACCCCCUUAAUGAAUUCGCGCAUUAUAUGGAAAAUUUCAAUAUAAAAAUUUAUAUAAGAAAAAUUUUCAAAAAUGUCACUAUUGGAAGGUGGUUUUUUUUACCCAAAAAAUAUAAAUUUUCCCUAUUUUUCCCAGUAAAAAAUGUCUUGAUCUUGGGGGGAAGUAAGAGAACUUUGUAUCCUUUUUUUGUUCUUCCUAGCAGGGACAGCACGACAGGUUUUUUUUUUACCCCGACUCAUAUGCAAGAAGACCAGGUUUAGAAAAACAACUCCACACUUCUGUAUGAAAAUAGUAAUGGAGACCUGAAGGAGAAUGCGGGGUCCCAUCUCCGGUAGAUGACGCCGACUUCUAGAAAUUGCCAAGGAAACACCUAGGUGCGUCUCUCCAAGAGAUCUGACGUCGCCAUUUUUUUGUGAUAUCGACAGAAAAGGGCGUAAAUGCAAGCCGAUGCCUAGGGCGAGGAGCCUGAAGCUGACAAGGUGGAGAGAGGCUGAAAUAAACCCCGAAGACCUAAUCUAACAGAAUAUGUAAAAGGUCAAGAUCUAUUUGACGUACUUCGGCAGAUGGGAAUAGUAAGCGAGAGAGACUCAAGAUUUUAUUUUGCGUGUCUUGUAGCCAUACUAGAACAUCUCCAUGAAAGAGAUAUUAUUUAUCGAGAUCUGAAACCUGAAAAUGUCAUGAUUGACGAAGAUGGCUAUCCAAAGUUAAUUGACUUUGGAACAGCCAAAAUUGUCCAAGGAAGGACUUAUACAGUUGUUGGGACUCCUCAUUAUAUGGCUCCAGAAAUAGUUACUGGGAAAGGGUAUGGUAUUGCAGCUGACUACUGGAGCUUGGGAAUAAUGCUUUACGAAUUUUUAUGCGGAGGCGUUCCUUUUGCAGAAAAUGAGGAAGAUCCUUGUAAAGUAUAUGAAAAGGUCCAAGCACAUGUAAUUGAAUGGCCGUCUUGGGUUGAUCAAAAUUUAUCUGCAAGGCCUCUUAUAGAGCAGCUUUUAAGCAGAAACCCCUCAUUAAGAAAUGGAGGAAGUAUAGAAAAAUUGAAAGCAAACCCAUGACUAAGUCCUAUGAAUUGGGAAAAACUGUUAAGCAAACAAUUAAUACCUCCAUUUGUUCCUCCAUCAGAUGAAAUGGGGAUGGAUCGAUUUUUAGCUAACGUCCCUAUGGAUGAAUUCAUUUCAGCAGAAGAAGAAAGCACAGAAAUUCCAAAAGGACCCAAAAGACGCAAAGCUCAAGUUAGUCCUAAUUGGGAUGCAGAUUUUUAG